GCCCCGCCCACCAGAUGCCCCGCCCCGCGGCAUGACCGGAAGUGAGCGGGGCCCCCAAGAUGGCGCCCGAAACCCGGAAGUGAGCGCGGCUGAGGCGAAGCUCGGAAAGACGGAGGCGCCGCGGGCUCCGCGCCCGGCCGGACCCAGGUCGGAGGUCAUGAUGCCACCACCGAGGAGCAAGAAGCCGAGAUAGACACCCUCGUGGCCUGGGUCGUGGAGCCACCUGAUGCUGGCAGUGGGGCCUGCCAUGGACGGGGAGUUUCCUCAGCAUGAGCCCCCACCAGCGGGCAGCACCCUAUACAGCCCGCCCCCACUGCAGACCCCGCUGUGCGGGUCCAGUGUCCAGCACGCCAUGCUGCAUUACCCGUGGUGGAGCGCCUUCUCGCCAACGCCGUACCCAGCCUUCUCCAGCGACAGCCACCAGUUCAUGAGCCCCACCUCCUUCAUCGCCAGCCAGCCCUGCGCGGACCCCAGCUACGGACCUCCCACCACCACCCCUAGCUUCCUGCCAAAGACAGGCGACUUUCCUCAGGACUCUGCGUACCUCGACGACCUCUCCAAUGCCUCCAUCUUCUCCUCGUCCGUGGACUCCCUCUCAGACAUCGCGGACACACCUGACUUCCUGCCGGCCGACAGCCUCAGCCAGGUGCCCACCAUCUGGGAUGUGAGCACUGGCCCCUCCGCUCACGACAAGCUGCUCCUGCCUAGUGGGCCAUGGACAGGCCUUGAGGACCCCUUGUCCUCCCUUUCCAGCACCCCACUUCUUGUCAGCUACCAGGCGCAGAGUCAGCCCGAGGAGGACGACGACGCAGAGGAGGAUGAGGGGGAGGAGCUGGGCCACACGGAGACCUAUGCCGACUACGUGCCAUCCAAGUCCAAGAUCGGGAAGCAGCAUCCGGACCGUGUGGUGGAGACCAGUACGCUGUCCAGUGUCCCCCCACCAGACAUCACCUACACCCUUGCGCUGCCUGCUUCCGACACUGGGGUCCUGUCUGCCCUGCAGCUAGAGGCCAUCACCUAUGCCUGCCAGCAACACGAGGUCGUGCUCCCCAGCGGGCAGCGGGCCGGCUUCCUCAUCGGGGAUGGCGCGGGCGUCGGCAAGGGGCGCACGGUGGCCGGCAUCAUCCUGGAGAAUUACCUGCGGGGCCGGAAGAAGUCCCUGUGGCCCUGCCCGCACCAGAUUGUGUUUGAUGAGUGCCACAAAGCCAAGAACGCCAGCUCCACGAAGAUGGGCAAGGCUGUCCUGGACCUGCAGAACAAGCUGCCCCUGGCCAGGGUGGUCUACGCCAGCGCCACAGGUGCCUCUGAGCCCCGGAACAUGAUCUACAUGAGCCGCCUGGGCAUCUGGGGCGACGGCACUCCCUUCCGGACCUUCGAGGAGUUUCUGCACGCCAUCGAGAAGAGGGGUGUGGGCGCCAUGGAGAUCGUGGCGAUGGAUAUGAAAGUCAGCGGUAUGUACAUCGCCCGCCAGCUCAGCUUCUCCGGCGUCACCUUCCGCAUCGAGGAGAUCCCGCUGGCCCCAGCCUUCGAGCGCGUCUACAACCGUGCGGCCCUGCUGUGGGCCGAGGCCCUGGGCGUGUUCCAGCAGGCAGCCGACUGGAUCGGCCUCGAGUCUCGCAAGUCCCUGUGGGGUCAGUUCUGGUCGGCCCACCAGCGUUUCUUCAAGUAUCUCUGCGUUGCGGCCAAAGUGCACCGGCUGGUGGAGCUGGCCCGGGAGGAGCUGGCCCGGGACAAGUGUGUGGUCAUCGGGCUGCAGUCCACGGGCGAGGCUCGGACCCGGGAGGUGCUGGACGAGAAGGAUGGGCAGCUCGACUGCUUCGUCUCCGCUGCUGAGGGUGUCUUUCUGUCACUAAUUCAGAAGCACUUUCCUUCAACCAAAAGAAAGAGAGAGAGAGGCGCAGGCAGUAAGAGAAAACGGAGGCCGCGGGGUCGCGGGGCCAAGGCUCCCAGGCUGGCGUGCGAGGUGGCAGGCGUGAUCCGCAUCAGUGACGACAGCAGCACAGAAUCGGACGCCGGCCUGGACAGCGACUUCCACUCCUCCCCCGAGUCCGUGCUGGAUGACGACGUGGUCAUCUUGGACGCCGUUGGGCUGCCAGCCGAUGACCGUGGGCCCCUGUGCCCCCUGCAGCGGGACCCACACGGCCCCGGCGUCCUGGAGCGUGUCGAGCGGCUAAAGCAGGACCUGCUGGCCAAGGUGCGGGUGCUGGGCCGGGAGCUGCCUGUCAACACUCUGGAUGAGCUCAUCGACCAGCUCGGGGGCCCGGAGAGAGUGGCUGAGAUGACAGGCAGGAAGGGCCGCGUGGUGUCCAGGCCCGAUGGGACAGUGGCCUUCGAGUCUCGGGCAGAGCAAGGCCUCUCCAUCGACCACGUGAACCUCAGGGAGAAGGAGCGUUUCAUGAGUGGGGAGAAGCUCGUGGCCAUCAUCUCCGAGGCCUCCAGCUCUGGCAUCUCCCUCCAAGCUGACCGCCGUGUCCAGAACCAGCGGCGCCGGGUCCACAUGACGCUCGAGCUGCCCUGGAGCGCUGACCGUGCCAUCCAGCAGUUCGGUCGGACGCACAGGUCCAACCAGGUCUCUGCGCCCGAGUACGUCUUCCUCAUCUCAGAGCUGGCCGGGGAGCGCAGGUUUGCCUCCAUCGUUGCCAAGCGGCUGGAGAGCCUGGGGGCUCUGACCCAUGGGGACCGCCGCGCCACUGAGUCCCGCGACCUGAGCAAGUACAACUUUGAAAACAAGUACGGCGCCCGGGCCCUCACCUGUGUCCUCACCACCAUCCUGAGCCAGACUGAGAACAAGGUGCCACUGCCCCAGGGCUACCCCGGAGGAGAUGCUGCCUUUUUCCGGGACAUGAAGCAGGGCCUGCUGUCUGUCGGCAUCGGUGGGCGCGAGUCCAGGUCCGGCUGUCUGGAUGUGGAGAAGGACUGCUCCAUCACCAAGUUCCUGAACCGCAUCCUGGGGCUGGAGGUGCACAAGCAGAACGCGCUGUUCCAGUACUUCUCGGACACCUUCGACCACCUCAUCGAGAUGGACAAGAAGGAGGGCAAAUACGACAUGGGCAUCCUGGACCUGGCUCCGGGCAUCGAUGAGAUCUAUGAGGAGAGCCAGCAGGUCUUCCUGGCUCCCGGGCACCCCCAGGACGGGCAGGUGGUCUUCUACAAGAUCAGCGUGGACCGUGGCCUGAAGUGGGACGAGGCUUACGCCAGGUCGCUGGCGGGGCAAGGGCGGGGGAGGGAGGGCAGCAGCCCCCACCUGCCCGCCUCAUGCACACGCCCGCCUGCCCAGGUUCGGGGCAACAAGCUGAGCUGCCUGCUGGCCGAGCAGAACCGCGGCAAGCACUUCACGGUGUACAAGCCGAACGUGGGCCGGCAGAGCCAGCUGGAGACGUUCGACAGCCUGUGCCGGAAGUUCCGCCGGGUGACGGCGGAGGAGGCCCGGGAGCACUGGGAAAACAGCUACGCCUUCUCGCUGACGCACUGCAGCCACACUGCCUGGAACCGCCACUGCCGGCUGGUGCAGGAAGGCAAGGACUGCACGCAGGGCCUGCGGCUGCGCCAUCACUACAUGCUGUGCGGGGCCCUGCUGCGUGUGUGGGGCCGCAUCGCCGCCGUCAUGGCUGACGUCACCAGCAGCAGCUACCUGCAGAUCGUACGCCUCAAGACCAAGGACAAGAAGAAGCAAGUCGGUGAGCGCGGACCCCCCGCCCCCAGUGGCCUGCCGCUGGGCGCCCCGGACACGGCCGCGGACCCCGCCGCCCUGGCGCACCAGGGCCGCGACAUCAACUUCAAGGAGGUGUUGGAGGACAUGCUGCGCUCCCUCAACGCUGGGCCGCCCACCGGUCCCCCCGGGCCAGGCGCAGGGGCAGCAGGGGCGCCCGGUGGGGGCGGGGGCCCCGAGCGGCAGAGCGUCAUCCAGUUCGGCCCCCCCUUUCCAAACUCUUAGGCACGGCAGGCGACCGGAGCCAGCGUCCGAGAGGAAGCUUAGUUAUCUGCAAUACGCACCAUGUCCACAGGGACUCAGUCUUCUCUCCUACUCACGUGGGGGGUGAGCGAGGCCAGGCUCCCCUGCGGACUACCAGGGAGGGGGGCUGCGGUGCCCCUCCUCCAGUUCCGGAGGCCUCCACUGCAGUGCCUUCCCUGCCGGCGGCCGGGCAGACCCCUCCAGAUGCUGCCCGCCCUUCCGGGCUCUCCGAGGCAGUGCAGGUCCCACUCAGGAUGACUCGGGGUCUAGACUCGGGAGUCUAGGCUCGGGCAGGGCCUAGGGGUGGGGGGCCCACCCUCCCUGUGCCUCUAUCCUCUCCUGCCCCCCAGGCCUAGGCAGGGGCUCCCCAAACCACCUCACCCCACCCACCUUACAGGGCCUGGUCUGACCGGAAGCCCUGAAAUCCACAAAACUGGGUGGCCCCAAGAGCUGGAAACUCAGGAAACCCCAGGUGCUCAGGGCCCUGCCUUCUCUGGGGGGCUCCAUGGGACAGACCCCCCCCCCAUUUAAUAUAUGCAAUUCUUCCCCACUCUCUUUGCUCCCUAAAUUAUUGCCCGGCCACCUCUCCCAGGCCCCAGAAUCUGCCGUGGAGCUGGCGGUGUGGACGGGCCCCCUGGUUUCUAUGUGUAUUUAUAAUGAAUUCAAGUGUACAUAUGUAAAGAGAUCUUUUUUAAAUAUAUGUGCCUUUUCACUACU